AUGGUUAAAUCAAUAUUUGCCUUAUUAGUACUGAUCGCAUUGUCAGUUCAAAGUGUGCAGAAUAGUGCAGAUGCUGCAUUAAAGAGAGUAGUACGUUCCCCUUGCGAUGUUUGUGGUGAUGGAGAUGGAUUCCGACCACCACAAGGACCACCGCCUGGUCCUCCACGUUGGCCACCGAGGUUCCGCUCACACCACUGGAGCGGAUACGCACGAAAUUAUGAUGGAUCACAGCAAGGUGUAUUCAGCGGUGCAGCAGCUGCUGCUGAUGGAGGAGCUCAAGCAUCUGGUCAGGCAUUUUCUGUGGCCACAUCAGGAAGUAAUGGUGGUUCGGGUGGUUACGGCAGACAAUCCGAAUUUGGUAAUUCGGGUGGUAGAUAUAAUGGCCAGUCUUCUGGUUACGGUGACACUUCUAGAUAUGCAGGACUUUCAAGUGGAGGUGGGCAAUCAUCGAGUUUCGGUGGAUCUGGCGGCGGUCAAUUUCAAACAAGUGGAAACUUCAAAGAAUCACAAUAUUCUUUCCAAAAAAGUGGUGGCAGUCGUUUUAAUUCUAAUGGUGGAUAUGGCCAAUCACUUCAGUCAAAUGAUGGUUAUAACAGAGACACGCAACAAGCCCAUUCGGGAGGAUUUGGUGCAUCUUCUCAAAGUCAAAGCUCGUCAUUUGAUGCCAGAGAUACAGGUAGAUCGGGUGGCCCAAGAGAACUUGGAAGAUUGAGAGGUAGUGGUGUAUCAGGAGGAUAUGGUGUGGCAGGUUCUGAACUGCAGCAACAACGACAGCAACAGGUACAGCUUGGAUCCGAAUCGGGAAGUGGUUCAUCUGCUACUAGUGGUUCAUCAGCUACUAGUGGUUCAACUGGAAACUUUGGUUCUGGCUCGUAUGGAAAAUCUAGCGCACAAUCUCAAAGUGCAUCUGGAUCAAACGUUGUGGGCAGCGAAGGCAUUUCUGGAGGGGGUUAUGGUACUUCUAGUCAACAGUCGUAUCAAGAUGCCCAGUCAGCGCUUGGUGCUGCUACCGAUCUAGCGUCUCAAGGCCAGCAAGCAUCUCAGACAUCAGGUUGCAGUACCUGUGGAAGAAAUGACUAUGCCCAAAGUAACGCUAAAAGCCGCAGUGGCCCAGCGAUCGCAGUGUCCGUUGGUGGUAAAUAA